CGCGGCGGAAGCGGCGGUCUCUUCCCUCGCUGGGCUCACGCUGGGGCUGCGCGUGGGGCCGGCGGUGGCGCCACGCAGACCCACCCCGGAGCCGGUGAAGGCGGUGUCUCGAGGAAAGGGCGUGGGGCGGGGGCCGGCCGCCGUGCCCUCCGCCGCUGAGAAAAAUGGUAUUCGAGUCACUGGUCGUGGACGUGUUGAACCGGUUCUUAGGGGACUAUGUGGUGAACCUGGACACGUCUCAGCUGUCCCUGGGCAUCUGGUCAGGAGCUGUGGCCCUCAAGAAUCUUGAAAUUAAAGAAAAUGCUUUGAGUCAACUGGAUGUACCAUUUAAAGUUAAAGUUGGUCAUAUAGGUACUCUUAACCUUGUAAUUCCAUGGAAAAACCUGUAUACUCAACCAGUUGAAGCUGUAUUGGAAGAAAUUUAUUUGCUCAUAGUGCCUUCUUCUAGAAUAAAAUAUGAUCCUUUAAAAGAAGAAAAGCAACUCAUGGAAGCAAAACAGCAGGAAUUAAAAAGAAUAGAAGAAGCAAAACAGAAAGUUGAUCAAGAACAUCAGAAUGAGAAGCAAGACACUUUUGUAGAAAAAUUAGUCACUCAGAUCAUAAAAAAUCUUCAAGUGAAAAUUUCCAACAUUCAUAUCCGUUAUGAAGAUGAUAUUACAAAUCGAGAUAAACCACUGUCAUUUGGUAUUUCCCUUCAAAAUCUCAGCAUGCAGACAACUGAUCAAUACUGGAUUCCAUGUUUACAUGAUGAAACUGAGAAGCUAGUUCGUAAGUUAAUCCGAUUGGAUAAUCUUUUUGCCUAUUGGAAUGUGAAUUCUCAGAUGUUUUAUCUUUAUGAUUAUGAUGAAUCAUUGGACAGCUUGAAGAAUGGCAUUGUCAAUGAAAACAUUGUCCCAAGAGGUUAUGACUUUGUAUUUCGCCCCAUAUCUGCUAAUGCCAAGCUCCAGAUGAAUCGCCGAUCGGAUUUUGACUUUUCUGACCCCAAAAUAAACUUGGAAGUUGAGUUACAUAAUAUAGCAAUUGAAUUUAACAAACCACAGUAUUUCAGUGUUGUGGAGCUUCUUGAGUCAAUUGAUAUGAUGAAACAAAAUCUGCCUUACAGGAAGUUCAAACCUGAUGUGCCUCUUCACUACCAUGCCAAGGAAUGGUGGGGUUAUGCUAUAUAUGGUGUUCUUGAAGUAAAUGUUUGCCCCAAAUUACGAAUGUGGUCAUGGAAGCAUAUUAGCGAACAUAGACAAAAAAUGAAGCAGUAUAAAGAAUUGUAUAAAAAAAGGUUAACAAGUAAGAAGCCAUCUGGUGAAAUUCUCAUGUCUUUGGAGGAGUUGGAGAAAACCCUGGAUAUCUUUAAUAUAACUAUAGCUAGACAACAGGCAGAAGUUGAGGUAAAGAAGGCUGGAUACAGAAUUUAUAAAGAAGGAGUAAAAGAUCCAGAGGAUAAUAAAGGAUGGUUUAGUUGGCUAUGGACUUGGUCAGAAUCAAAAACCAAACAGACUAAACAGCAACCAGACGUUAAACCUGGAAUUCUUGAAGAAAUGUUGACACCUGAAGAAAAAACUUUACUCUAUGAAGCAAUUGGCUAUAGUGAAACAGCAGUUGAUCCAACUUUGCCCAAAACAUUUGAAGCCAUGAAGAUUUUCAUUCAUUUGAAAAGUAUGUCUGUUGUUUUAAGAGAAAGUCACCAAAAACCUGAGCUCAUAGACAUUGUUGUAGAAGAAUUUAGCACUUCAGUUGUGCAAAGACCAGGAGCACAAGCAAUAAAAUUUGAAACCAAAAUUGAUUCAUUUCAUAUUACUGGCUUACCGGAUAAUUCAAAAAAGCCCUACCUCCUGACUUCACUGGAUGAUAUGUCACUCUUCCAAAUUAUAUUUGAAAUAAAUCCACUAGAUGAAACAGUUGCUCAAAGGUGUAUCAUUGAAGCUGAACCUUUAGAAAUAAUAUAUGAUGCAAGGACAGUGAAUAGUAUAGUGGAUUUCUUCAGAUCUCCUAAAGAGGUACAUCUAGCACAGCUCACUUCAGCAACUUUGACAAAACUUGAAGAAUUUCGAGAUAAGACAGCAACAGGUCUUCUGUAUAUUAUUGAAACACAGAAAGUUCUUGAUCUCAGAAUUAAUUUGAAGGCUUCAUAUAUUAUUGUUCCACAAGAUGGAGUUUUCAGCCCUACAUCAAAUCUACUUCUUUUGGAUCUUGGCCAUCUAAAGGUGACAAGUAAAAGUCGUUCAGAAUUACCAGAUGUGAAACAAGGUGGAGCCAACCUUGAAGAGAUAAGGCGUAGAGCUUAUGAUUCCUUUGAUGUCCAGCUUACAAGCGUACAGCUGCUUUAUAGUAGAACGGGUGAGAAUUGGAAAGAGGCACGAAAACUUAAUGUAUCUACACAGCAUAUUUUGGUACCCAUGCAUGUCAAUGUGGAACUCUCUAAGGCAAUGGUUUUCAUGGAUAUUAAGAUGCCCAAAUUCAAGAUUUCUGGAAAGUUACCUCUUGUUUCCAUACGUGUCUCAGAUAAAAAACUGCAAGGGAUUAUGGAAUUGGUUGAAAGCAUUCCAAAACCUAAACCUGUUGCUGAUGUAUCUGCACCUGUCAAAUCAUUUCAGAUUCAAACAUCUACUUCUUUGGGAACAUCACAGAUUUCACAGAAAAUAAUUCCCCUUUUGGAAUUUCCAUGUGUUACCGAAGAUGACUCUGAGGAGGAAUUUUUUGAUGCACCAUGUAGUCCCCUGGAAGCACCUCCUCAGGUUCCAAUUAGAGUUAAAAGUAUUCAACAAAGAAAGGUACAAAAGCAAGACUGUCCAGUCAAUUUGGCUCAAUUCAAAAUUCGUUUUGAAGUAGAAGAGGUUUUGAUUCAGUUUUAUCACCUUGAGGGAGAUUGUGAACUACCCGUUGUAGAAAUUGAUGUUUUAAGGUCAGGCAUGGAAGUUGAAAUUAGAACAUUUGAUUUGAAGGCAAACGCCUUUUUGAAAGAGUUCUGCUUAAAGUGUCCAGAAUUCCUUGAUGAAAAUAAAAAACCAAUAUAUUUGGUCACAACACUGGAUAACACAAUGGAAGAUCUGUUAACACUAGAAUAUGUGAAGGCUGAAAAAAAUGCACCUAACUUAAAAAGUACCUAUAAUAAUGUUUUACAGCUGAUCAAGGUUAAUUUUUCCUCUUUGGAUAUUCAUUUACAUACGGAAGCACUUCUGAAUACCAUAAAUUAUCUUAAUAAAAUCCUUCCACCCUCUGUGGAAAAAUCAGCCUCAGUGUCUGUUGUGGAGACUGAAGACAAAGGAGGAGAAGUCAUUAAAAAAUUAGCUCUCAAGCAAUCCAUGAAUGAAGAUAUUAUUACCUUGCAGAUUUUAGCAGAAUUAUCAUGUUUACAGAUUUUUAUUCAAGAACAGAAACGUAACAUUUCUGAAAUUAAGAUCGAAGGACUCGAUUCUGAGAUGAUUAUGAGGCCUUCAGUAACUGAAAUAAAUGCAAAGCUAAGAAAUAUAAUUGUCUUGGAUUCAGACGCAAAGGCUGUAUACAAAAAGGCUGUUUAUAUCACUGGAAAAGAAGUUUUCAGCUUUAAAAUGGUUUCUUACAUGGAUGCUACUGCUGGUUCUGCAUACACAGAUAUGAAUGUGGUAGACCUUCAGAUUAAUUUAACCGUUGGUUGCAUUGAAGUAGUUUUUGUCACAAAAUUUCUAUAUUCUAUUUUGGCUUUUGUAGAUAAUUUUCAAGCAGCUAAAGAAGCCUUGGCUGAAGCAACUGUUCAGGCAGCAGGAAUGGCUGCUACUGGUGUAAAAGAACUGGCACAAAGGAGUUCAAGAUUAGCACUGGAUGUAAACAUCAAAGCCCCAGUGGUGGUCAUUCCACAGUCUCCAGAUUCGGCAAAUAUUUUUGUAGCUGAUUUUGGACUAAUUACAGUGACCAAUAAGUUCAUUAUGGUGACAGAGAGCUGGAGCAAUCCUCCACCUGUUAUUGACCUAAUAACAAUAAAGCUGAGUGAAAUGAGACUUUACAGGUCUGAAUUUAUUAAUGGUGAAUACCAAGAAGUACUGGAUCUACUACUGCCAUUAAAUCUUGAAGUGGUUGUUGAGCGAAAUUUAUCCUGGGAUUGGUACCAGGAAAUUCCUUGUUUUAAUGUAAAUGCUCAGUUAAAACCCAUGGAGUUCAUUCUUAGUCAAGAAGAUAUAACAACUAUUUUUAAAACAUUGCAUGGAAAUAUAUGGUAUGAAGAAGGUGUUAGUGCCUCAUCUGCUGUAACUAAAGACCAAAGUAGUAGUACCAGUGGAGCCACUAAUGCUUCACACCAUUCAGGAGGAGCAACUGUGGUGACAGCUGCUGUGGUAGAAGUACAUUCACAAGCCUCUCAAGUUAAAACAACACUGAAUAUAAGUUUCAGAACUGAUUAUCUCACGAUGGUACUGUAUAGUCCAGGUCUUAAACCGGCUUCCUUUUCAGAUAUUCGUGAUCCUUCUCUACAGCUUGCUGAAUUUAAAUUGGAAAAUAUUAUAAGUACUUUAAAAAUGUAUACAGAUGACUCUACAGUUUCCUCUUUCUCAUUAAGAAAUUGUAUUUUAGAUGACAAAAGACCUCAUGUCAAUAAAGCAACUCCUAGAAUGAUAGGACUAACUGUUGGUUUUGACAAAAAGGACAUGAUGGAUGUAAAGUAUAGGAGAGUCAGAGAUGGAUCUGUGACUGAUGCAGUCUUUCAAGAAAUUUAUAUUUGUGCAAGUGUGGAGUUUCUGCUGACUGUUGCAAAUGUCUUUUUUGAGGCCUAUACCACAGGCAGUAUUGUAGAAACCACUGUUCAGACAUGGACUACUAAGGAAGAAGUACCUUUACAGGAAUCAGAGAAAUGGGAAAUUAACAUUUUUAUUAAAAAUCCAGAAAUUGUGUUUGUGGCUGACAUGACAAGUAAUGAUGCUCCUGCCUUAGUCAUUACAACACAAUGUGAAAUUUGCUGUAAAGGUGACCUUGAAAACAGUAGAAUGACUGCUGCCAUUAAAGAUCUCCAAGUCAGAGCAUGCCCAUUUCUUCCAGUCAAGAGAAAAGGCAAAGUCGCUACUGUUUUACAGCCCUGUGACUUGUUUUAUCAGGCUACUCAGAUAGGUACCGAUCCACAAUUGAUUGAUAUAUCAGUAAAAUCCCUUACACUAAAGGUUUCACCAGUUACCAUAAAUACCAUGAUUACUAUAACUUCAGCGCUUUAUACAACUAAGGAAACCAUCCCCAAAGAAACGGCUUCUUCUGUAGCACAAUUAUGGGAAAAGAAGGAUACAAAGAAUUUAAAAAUGUGGUUCCUUGAAGAAUCAAAUGAAACUGAAAAAAUAACUCCUACAACUGAAUUGGUACCCAACGGAGAGAUGAUGAAAAUAAAUAUUGAUUCUAUUUUUAUAGUUCUGGAAGCUGGAAUUGGCCAUAGGACAGUGCCUAUGCUUUUAGCAAAAUCACGUUUUUCGGGGGAAGGCAAAAACUGGAGCACAUUAAUAAAUCUCCAUUGUCAGCUUGAGCUAGAAGUUCAUUAUUAUAAUGAAAUGUUUGGUGUAUGGGAGCCUUUGCUUGAACCCUUAGAAAUUGAUCAGACUGAGGAUUUUAGACCAUGGAAUCUGGGAAUCAAGAUGAAAAAGAAAGCCAAAAAGGCCAUAGUUGAGUUUGAUACUGAAGAGGAAAACUACAAAGUGCCAGAGUAUAAAACUGUCAUCAGUUUCUAUUCAAAAGACCAAUUAAAUAUUACAUUAUCCAAAUGUGGCCUUGUAAUGUUAAAUAAUUUAGUCAAGGCAUUUACAGAAGCUGCUACUGGAUCUUCAGCGGUCUUCAUAAGGGAUCUAGCACCAUUUAUGAUUUUGAAUUCUCUUGGACUUACUAUAUCAGUUUCACCAAGUGAUGCUUUUAACGUACUCAGUGUUCCUAUGGCAAAAUCGUAUAUAUUGAAAAGUGAAGAGAGUUUAAGUAUGGAUUAUGUGGGAACUAAGGACAAUGAUCACUUCAGUGCGAUGACCAGUUUAAGCAGCAAACUCUUCUUCAUUCUUCUUACCCCUGUUAACCACUCUACUGCUGAUAAGAUUUCUUUAACAAAAGUGGGACGACGUCUAUACACUGUAAGACACAGGGAAUCUGGAGUUGAAAGAUCUAUUGUUUGUCAAAUUGAUGCAGUGGAAGGAAGUAAGAAAGUAACAAUCCGCUCACCGAUGCAGAUUAGAAAUCAUUUUUCAGUCCCAAUCUCUAUUUACGAAGGAGACAGUUUAUUGGGAAUUGCUUCACCUGAGAAUGAAUUCAACAUACCAUUAGCAUCUUACCGAUCAUUCCUUUUUCUGAAGCCAGAAGAUGAGGACUAUCAAAUGUGUGAAGGAAUGGACUUUGAAGAAAUUACAAAAAGUGAUGGGGUUGUUCUAAAGAAGAAAUGUAGAUCUGUAAACCCUUCUAAAAAAUCGUUUAUUAUUAAUGUUGUUCCUGAAAAAGAUAAUUUGACAUCUCUAUCAGUAUAUUCAGAAGAUGGUUGGGACUUACCAUACAUAAUGCAUUUGUGGCCACCAAUCCUACUCCAAAAUCUUCUCCCUUACAAAAUUGCUUAUUAUCUAGAGGGGAUUGAAAAUACAGUUUUUACUCUAAAUGAAGGAUUAUCAGCCCAGAUUAGUGCUGUACAAAUGGACAAAGCCAGACUACAUUUAAAAUUACUUGACUAUCUUAAUCAUGAUUGGAAAGGUGAAUAUCGCAUAAGAUCUAAUCAACAGGACAUUAGUUUCAUCACUUUUACCUGUGUUACAGAAAUGGAAAAGACUGACUUAGAUAUUGCUGUCCACAUGACUUAUAAUACUGGUCAGACUGCGGUAGCAUUUCAUAGUCCAUAUUGGAUGGUUAAUAAAACUGGUCGAAUGUUACAGUACAAAGCAGAUGGAAUUCAUCGAAAGCAUCCACCUAAUUAUAAAAAGCCAGUUCUCUUUUCUUUUCAGCCAAAUCACUUUUUUAAUAACAAUAAGGUUCAGCUUAUGAUAACUGAUAGUGAAUUGUCAGAUCAGUUUUCAAUUGACACAGUUGGUAGUCAUGGAGCUGUUAAAUGUAAAGGCCCACAGAUGGAUUAUCAAGUUGGUGUCACUAUAGACCUCAGCAGUUUUAACAUUUCAAGAAUUGUGACAUUUACCCCUUUUUAUAUGAUUAAAAACAAAAGCAAAUAUCGUAUAUCAGUGGCUGAAGAGGGAACUAAUAAAUGGCUUGCUCUUGAUUUGGAGCAGUGUAUCCCCUUUUGGCCUGAGGAUGCUUCUAGUAAACUUCUUAUUCAAGUUGAAAACAGUGAAGGUCCUCCCAAAAGGAUAUAUUUUAACAAGCAAGAAAAUUGUAUUUUAUUGCAUCUGAAUGAGGAGCUUGGAGGUAUUAUAGCAGAAGUUAAUUUAGCUGAGCAUUCUACAGUUAUUACAUUUUCAGAUUAUCAUGAUGGAGCAGCUCCAUUCCUAUUAAUAAAUCACACCAAGAAUGACCUUGUUCAGUACAAACAAAGUUCUCUUAGUGAAAUAGAAGAUUCUCUUCCUCCUGGAAAAGCAGCGUUUUAUACAUGGGCUGAUCCAGUGGGCUCUAGAAAGCUGAAGUGGAGUUGUGGAAAAAGCUAUGGUGAAGUAACACAAACAGAUGAUAUGAUGACAGCUAUAAAUUUAGGAAAGAAGACCAUUUAUUUAGUUUCAUUCUUCGAAGGCCUGCAACGCAUUAUUUUAUUCACUGAAGAUUCAAAGGUGUUUAAAGCAACAUAUGAAAGUGAGAAAGCAGAGUUAGCAGAGCAAGAAAUUACACUGGCAUUACAAGAUGUUGGAAUUUCUCUUGUCAACAAUUACACAAAGCAAGAAGUGGCCUACAUAGGCAUUACGAGUUCUGAUGUAGUUUGGGAGACAAAGCACAAGAAGAAGGCAAGAUGGAAGCCAAUGAGUGUGAAGCACACUGAGAAGUUGGAAAAAGAAUUUAAGGAAUAUACUGAAUCUUCACCUUUAGAAGAUAAGAUUAUUGAGUUGGAUACCAGCAUUUCGGUUCGCUUAACACCUAGUGGUAAUAGCAUGAAAAUUCUGCAACCACAUGUAAUGGCUCUCCGAAGAAACUAUCUUCCAGCAUUAAAAGUUGAAUAUAGCACAUCUGCACAUCAAUCAUCAUUCAGAAUUCAGAUUUACAGAAUACAGAUCCAAAACCAGAUUCAUGGUGCUAUUUUUCCAUUCGUGUUCUAUCCUAUUAGACCUCCAAAGUCUGUCACCAUGGACUCAGCACCAAAGCCAUUUACAGAUGUCAGUAUUGUCAUGAGAUCUGCAGGACAUUCCCAGAUAUCACGUAUUAAGUAUUUCAAAGUAUUGAUUCAAGAAAUGGAUCUCAGGUUAGAUCUUGGAUUUGUCUAUGCUUUAGCAGACCUUAUGACAGAAAAUGAAGUGACCGAAAAAACAGAGGCUAGACUUUUUCAUAAAGAUAUAGAAGCUUUUGAAGAAUAUGAAACAGUUUCACUAGUAGAUCAAUCGCAAGUCAGUCUCUAUGAAUAUUUUCAUAUAUCUCCUAUCAAGUUGCAUCUAAGUGUUUCACUGAGUUCGGGUAGAGAAGAAGCUAAAGAAUCAGAACAACAUGGAGGACUGAUUCCAUUUCAUUCUUUAAAUCUUUUGCUGAAGAGUAUUGGUGCCACCCUUACAGAUGUACAAGAUGUAGUUUUUAAGCUUGCCUUUUUUGAACUCAACUAUCAGUUUCAUACGACAUCUCAACUACAGUCUGAAGUAAUAAAACACUAUUCAAAACAGGCCAUUAAGCAGAUGUAUGUACUCAUUCUUGGUCUCGAUGUUUUGGGGAAUCCCUUUGGCUUAAUUAGAGAAUUUUCAGAAGGUGUAGAGGCAUUUUUUUAUGAACCUUACCAGGGAGCUAUCCAGGGUCCUGAAGAGUUUGUGGAGGGAAUGGCACUAGGACUCAAGGCGCUCGUUGGUGGAGCUGUUGGUGGAUUAGCUGGUGCUGCCUCAAAAAUCACUGGUGCUAUGGCUAAAGGUGUAGCAGCUAUCACUAUGGAUGAAGACUACCAGCAGAAAAGAAGAGAAGCCAUGAAUAAGCAGCCAGCUGGUUUCAGAGAAGGGAUCACACGUGGAGGAAAAGGCUUGGUUUCUGGCUUUGUAAGUGGUAUUACAGGAAUUGUUACAAAACCAAUCAAAGGGGCUCAAAAAGAAGGAGCAGCUGGUUUCUUUAAAGGUGUUGGGAAAGGUUUAGUUGGAGCAGUGGCCAGGCCAACUGGAGGCAUCAUAGACAUGGCAAGCAGUACAUUUCAGGGAAUAAAAAGAGCUACAGAAACUUCUGAAGUAGAGAGUCUACGACCGCCUCGAUUCUUUAAUGAAGAUGGAGUUAUCAGACCUUACAGGUUGAGGGAUGGCACUGGAAAUCAAAUGUUACAGGUCAUGGAAAAUGGAAGAUUUGCAAAAUACAAGUAUUUCACCCAUGUCAUGAUCAAUAAAACAGAUAUGUUUAUGAUAACCAGACGUGGUGUAUUGUUUGUCACAAAGGGAACAUUUGGACAACUUACAUGUGAGUGGCAGUAUAGUUUUGAUGAAUUUACCAAAGAACCAUUCAUUGUUCAUGGGAGAAGACUGCGCAUUGAAGCAAAGGAACGGGUGAAGUCUGUAUUCCAUGCCAGAGAGUUUGGAAAAAUAAUUAACUUCAAGACCCCAGAGGAUGCUAGGUGGAUCCUUACAAAGCUAGAAGAAGCAAGAGAACCUUCUCCAAGCCUCUGAGAGAACACUGCUGGAAGACACAGCAGUCUAUUACUCGUUUGGACACUGUACCUUCCAACAUAUCAACAGGAAGCACAUCACAGGGGUGAUUUCUAGAUGCGCAAGGAGUCAGAUCAGGUAAAAGAGCUAUGUGAUUAAAACACUUCAACUCUUCGGAGGUCUAUCAGUUUCUUUUAUUGAAUCAUGUAUCUGAUUAUAAUUCUCAUUACUUUAUAAAAGAAAAUACAGAUUAUUCUCUGUAGUGGUGGCGAGGUUCCCCAUAGUCUCCACAUGGAAUAAAGCUUAAUGUUUCUAGUUCACAUUUUCAACUUCUAUCAUGAUUAGUUCAGACUUCUUGAGUGAUGGGUAAAUGAUCAAAUUAGACACUGCCUCAGUGUUGUCAAGUGGUGAUUUAUUCAGAAGUAUGAAAUUCUUUUUAUAAAUAAAUAUUUUGGUAUUUUCCUUAUUUUUUAAAUAAAGGGUAGGUUUGAAUUAUACUUAAAAUGCAUAGCAUAAGUAUGAAAAGCCAUCUCUUGAGAUUGGACAUAGAUUGAAUAAAAUCUUAAAAAAGGUUUGAAGAAAUGAACAUCACAGUUGUAAAGGGAAAGUCCUUAGGAACUUUAGAGCCUCAGAAAUACUUCCUCAAGCCAACCUCAUGAAGUCUCUUUAUCUCAUUCAUGUUUUUAAUAGACUCUUGAUUUCAAAGGAAGAUUCGUGAAGCCUUAAUAAUAAAUACCUACUUUCUAUUCACUGGUAACAAGAAAUAAAAUUUUCCACAUCUUAGAUACAAUGAGUUGUGCUUUAGAGCAGAUAGUCCCUCUCAUAGUAAAUGUAUGAACCCUAGAAUCUAACCCAAUAACCGACUGUUAGUGAUAUAUUAACAAUUUCUGAUUUGCUUUUUUUGUAAUUAAUCAAAUGAGAAUCACUUCUUUAAAUGUACAGCUCAUCAAAAAAUUAUGGACUAUACAUUGGUAAAGUAAGGCCAUGGAGAGUUUUUUUCUUGACUUUUGUCCAAGAUCUUUGCAUCUUAAUAUUUCAAAUGUAAAGGGAUAAAUAUAUGACUGUACACUAUGAACAGAAUAGUUCAGUGUCUUAGUUACUGAGAAAUAUAAUAUUUGGGUGCAUGUUAUAUGUGUCACCAAAUUAUUAUAAACUGUUUUUGGAAUCGAAAACUGUGUAGUCAAUGGUUGUACAAUUCUCAGUCGCAUCAAACCUUUGCUUUGUUGUAAAAGCUAAAAUAAACAGCAUGCCAGACUCCAA